UUUCGCAGUUGUUGUUGCACUUUCUGUUUUGGACUUUGAAACGAGUUGCCUCUCGAGUUUAAACAACAAUUGUUAUUUAAUUUUGAAAGCCAUCGACUGGAGAGCCAUGUUCCGGACACGGGUGCACCGCAAUCUGUCGUGGAUCUCGACGAAUUCGUCGCGGACAACGACGACUCAUGGGCAACACUACCAAUACCUGCAGUGCUCCAAACUGCCGACGCUGUAUUUCCAGCGCUCCUUGCCGAGAUUACCGAUCCCGCUGCUGGAGAACAGCUGCCGGCGCUUCCUGGAGGCCACCGCGCCACUCCUUUCGCCAGAGGAGCAGACGCGAACGCAGGAAACGGUGGAGCGAUUCCGCCAGGGAAUCGGAAUGGAGCUGCAUGCGAAACUCAAAAACCAUGAUGCGGCGAACAAGCACACCAGCUAUAUAUCGCAGCCCUGGUUCGACAUGUACCUGUCCGAUCGGGCGCCCCUGCCACUUAACUAUAAUCCCCUGCUGGUGAUGAAGAGCGAUUCGCGGAAGGAGUACCAAAAUCAGGUGGUUCGGGCCACUAACCUGAUCAUCAGCUCGCUGCGUUUCUGGCGUUCCCUGCAAUCGGAUCUCCUGGAGCCGGAGGUCUACCACAUGAACGCCAAGAAGAGCGACACCCCGAGCUAUCGAAGGUGGAUGAAGGUGGCGCCGAAGGCCUUCGCAACUUAUGCCUCGUACGCCUUCAAGGCCUUCCCGCUGGACAUGAGCCAGUAUAACAGACUGUUCGGCACCUCCAGGAUUCCCAGGAUUGGCAAGGAUGAGCUCGUUCAGUCGCCUGACUCCAAGCACAUCCUGGUGAUGCGACGCGGCCACAUGUACGCCGUAAACGUCCUCGAUUCGAGUGGCUACAUCGAGAGUCCCAGUGUGAUUCUGGGCAGGCUAAAGGCUGUACUCAAGUUGGAUGCAGAUCGCGAGGCGGCCAGUGUGCCACUGGGUGUCCUGACCUCCGGGCAGCGCGAUGAGUGGGCCAAAAGCCGGGAGCAGUUUGUCAGUAACCCGAAGAACGCCGAUCUGUUGCAGAGCGAGGUGGAUGCAGCGCUGUUUUGCGUAUGUCUGGAUGGCGAAGAGGAUGGGGUGUUUAAUGAGGAUCGUCAGGAGCCGCUGCUCAAGCACCUGCUGGCGGGAAAGGCACAGAAUCGCUGGUUCGACAAAUCCAUUUCCCUGCUAAUCAGCGCGGAUGGCACCACGGCCAUAAACUUCGAGCACUCGUGGGGCGAUGGCGUGGCUGUCCUGCGAUACUUCAACGAGCUCUACAAGGACACCCAGCGGCAGCCGUUUGUGUCCACGGCGACGGUGCACACUCCCGCCGAAGGGGAUCUCAGCAAUGUGCGACCCAUCAACUUUGAGAUCGACGAGGCCACCAAGGCGGCCGUAUCAGAGGCUUACAACAAAAAUGCUAGUAUAGUGGAUAGUUUGGACAUGAAUGUGCUUAAGUAUCCGCACAUCAACAAGCCCACCUGCAAGCAGUACGGCCUGAGUCCCGACUCCAUCAUACAACUGUCCUUCCAGCUGGCCUAUCGCCAGGCCUACAACGGCUAUGUGGGCAGCUACGAGUCCUGCAGCACCUCCGCCUUCCGACAUGGCCGAACGGAAACGAUGCGACCUUGCACCAAUGCCACGCAGGACUUUUGCGAGGCCAUCCUGCAGCCGGAGAGAAGCAAACCGAGUGCCGGAGAGCUGCGGGCGAUGAUCGACAAGUGCAGCAAGGUGCACGGCCAGCUCACCAAGGAGGCGGCCAUGGGACAGGGUUUCGAUCGGCAUCUAUUCGCCCUUCGGCACACGGCCCAAAAGGAGGGCAUUCCCCUUCCCGAUCUCUACGAGACUGAGGCUUACCAGCGCAUUAACAACAACAUCAUUAGUACCUCAACCCUGGGAUCAGAUGCCCUGCUAGCGGGUUCAUUCGGUCCGGUGGUCAGGAAUGGCUUCGGAAUCGGCUAUUCGAUUCAGAACGAUUUUGCCGGCGCCAUUGUCACCACGUACAAAAACCAGGCUGAUGGGAAGGUGUUCAUAGACAGCCUGGAAGCGGCAUUUGAUAAAAUUUGCGCUGUCAUCCAGCAAAGCAGCAGUAGCAAGAAAUAGGAAUGAACCCCAAGGAUAACGGCCCCAACUCCCCUCAUGAAUAUGGCUUUAACAAAACAAGGAGAUUUAUUUUGAUGCUUUUACACUGUAUCCCAUGUGUCUGAAUUGCAAUAUCUUUUUCCUAGCUCUACAAUUUAUAGAUUAUACACUGAAAACAUUCUACCCCAUCUAAAGCAACUUUGUCUGUGCUUUUAUCCGGUCCGCUUUUAUGGGUUUUGCGGCUGAUAGGAUAAUAAAUUGGCGAACAUAUUGUAGGAAUGCUGCAGGCUUGACAAUUGGAAUUGAAAAGGAGAAUUAAUUUUCGUUUUAAAACAAAUAGCUGGAGGCUGCUCUAAAGAAAUGAAAACGGAUUUAAUAAAAACUGAAAAAUUGAUAAAGAACUCAAGCUUAACAAAAAGCAUACAAAUUCUAUUAUUUAGUUGGAAAUAAACAUGUCUUAAAAAAGGA